AUGGCUUCGAGAGCUUCCUCUUCGUCUCAUCAUCUGUGGGAUGAUGUACCUGAAGUAAUUUGGAAGCAGAUUUGGAGUUUUGAUACUCUCCCCAAGAUCCGGAGUUUUUUAUGGAGAGUGUGUGCUGAUGGGGUCGCAACAGCUUCAGCUCUAAAUCAUAGACGGAUCCCGGUUGAGAAUAUUUGUCAUUGGUGUGGUGCCUCUAGAAGAGACGAGCUCUCAUGUUCUGCUGAGUUGCGACUUCGCAAGAUGCGUCUGUAUUUAUGGUCAGCUCGCAACGAUCUCCUUUUCAACAAGAAAGCUUGGACCCCAAAUGAAGUCCUUCUUGCUGCCUCCGCAGCGUGUAUGGAGUUUCUUAAGGCACGUAGAUCUUCCCAAGCUCCCCCUCGUCCAGCGAGACCCCUCAGUGAUCAAAUCUGGCGCUGCCCUCCCUCAGGAAAAGUUAAGCUCAAUGGACAUGCUUCCCUGUGCAAGGAGAGAAACAAGUGUGGCAUCGGUUUUCUCAUUAGAGAUCACCUUGGGCGCUGUAUUGUGGCUGUUUCGGAUCCGGUUCCCUUCUCGAAGGUGGUGGUGGGGGAAGCGAUCGCCAUUCAACAGGGCCUUCUUGAAGCCAUUUCGGAAGGCACCCUCUCGAUUAUUGUUGAGAGUGAUAGUUUAGAGGUCAUUACUGCUCUUCUCAGUAGGGGUGGUACCUCGGCUCUCUCUAUUCGGCCAAUGGUUGAGGAUAUUCUUCAUCUAGCUUCUUAUUUUGAUGAGUGCAGCUUCUAG